GGUGCGGUGGCGGUCAACAGAUAAACACAGCACUGCGGCCGCCAAGUCACCAUAUUAAGAAGAGCAGCAGCGUCUGUCUGUCGGGUGGGUGAAAAAAAGGUCAUACCGCCGAUACCGACCCCGCCGCGUCCCUGAUCCUAUCGCAAUGAAAGAGAAGGUCAAAGUGGAUGCGUUUAGGUUAGGUUAAUCAUGUUAUGAAACCCCACGACAUCCAUUUCUCUUCUAGGGUUUUAUAGGUCACAAAUAUCCCAUGUGACUGACAAUUGGGUGGAGGGAGGAGUGCUCAGAGAUGUGGACGAAGUCAGAGUGGAUGUGUUUAGGUUAGGUUAAUUGUGUUAUGAAACCCCCCGACAUCCAUUUCUCUUCUAGGGUCACAAGUAUCCCAUGUGGCGGACAAUUGGGUGGAGGUAGAAAGAAGCGCUCAGAGAUGUGGAGGAGGUCAGAGUGGACGUGUUUAGGUUAGGUUAAUCGUGUUAUGAAGGCCCCCGGCAUCGACUUCUGCACUAGGGAUUUACAGGUCUUAAGUGCUGCAUGUGGCUGACAAUUGGGUGAAGGGAGAAAAAAGUGCGCUGAGAAAUGUGGACCCAUGUGAGGAGAGACCAAGCGCCUUGCCUCGCUUAGCUCACUAUCUCCCGCCCGCCAGUCCGCCGCAGCCCUGCCAGGAGACAACUCGUUCCCCCGCCCUUCAGGUUGGGGCUCAGCAGCGCCUCAAAGCAGCAGAGACAAAAAAGUGACCGACACACUGAACUCCCGACACUGACGCGCCUUGGAUCAAGGCUCCUGCCUGGUCCGGGGAGACGGCUGUUGCCACGAGCAAUGGCGGUUCACGUGUUGAUGGGGAGUCAAAAUGUAACAAGUGGGCUUUUACGCUCCAAUCUGGGCUGUAGCUGAGCGGGGAGUGGUGAGGCGGCCACCCCGGCCACCCCGUACAGGGCACUCGCCUCCUGGUGCGGACGGGCGCUGCCGCCGCCGCGCGCUGGGCGGGGUCCCGUGCAGGGCAAGGGUCGUGGAAUGCAGUGGAAUUCCUCCCGAAGGCGCGCGGCAGUGGUGAUGGCGGCCGAGGGCGGCAAUUAUCGGGGUUGCCUGCGGAGAGCACCACACCCCGGCGCCGCCACACGCACGCCGCCACCUGGCCAGCUGAUGUGGCUGGCGGGAGCACGGCAGCGGUGGCCCACCUGACCCCCACACCCCGCCGCGGGCACGCUGCCUGGCCCCUCCCCCGACCGCCGCCCCUCCCACGGUCACAGCCCCGCCCACGGUCACAACCCCAACGCCUUAUUGGUCGGUGGGGUCACGUGAUCAGCGUUGAGGCAUAUAAAGGUGACGCGUGGCGGGGCAAGGGUCAGACCACUGUACGAGACGCCAGUAGACAUGUCUGUGUCGGACUGGUACUUCCCCGCGUCGCACCCGGGCUUCUCCAGCCCCCUGGACCACGCCUCAGUGUACCUGGACCAGCUGGCAUGUCCCAGCUCGCCCUACACCACCGGCGCCUACACCCUGCCCACUCAAUGCUCAAGCACCGGCUCCAAGGACUCCGGUGCCUGGUGCGCCUCGGAGGAGGGCCGCCCCAGCCCCUCGUGCUCGCCCCUCAGCAGCUGCGAGAGCAUGGAGAGCACCAGUUCCUCGCACGGCUGGAGCAACCACCAGAGCGGCCCUUCGUCGUGGUCCUGGGGCGCCCCGGGGACCACGCAUCCUGUCCUGGCCGCCGUCGCAGACAUCAACAGCCCCGACUGCUCCCUGGCCGUGUCGCGGGGGCGCCAGUCAAAGUGCCGCCGGAGACCGCCGAAGAUCGUGGGGCGCGAGGUGAUCAAGAAGCGUCGGCUGGCGGCCAACGCGCGGGAGAGGCGUCGCAUGAAUGGACUUAACAACGCCUUCGACAGACUGCGUGAACACAUCCCGGCGCUCAGUGGUGACCAGAAGCUGUCCAAGUUCGAAACUCUACAAAUGGCGCAGACGUAUAUCUCCGCCCUCGUGGAGCUGCUGCAGUAGCGGGCGCCCGCUGCACGAGUGACUUCUGGUCAGCUGCCCGCGACGCCCACAGCCGGUGAUCCUGAGUGCCGCGAGUGACACGACACACGGUGCACGGUGGUGGCGAGUGAUGUGCCGUCCACCGUCGGUGCGGCGUCGCGGGGACAGGUGGUGUGGGACGGUUGGCAUGAGUUCUCACCUUCCUCAGACUGUGAUUGAGUGCUGUCCUAGUGUGCUGGAGCUGCCCUGGACCGAGUGUGUUCCUGUGUGGCCGCCCUGAGCCCGCUCUCGUCAGGGAGCGUCUGCAUCCAUCGCCUCGUCGGGGGCGUGUGUCAGUGCUCACGGGCGUGCCGGAGAGCGUCGCGGCGGUGCCUCGGCGCCCUCCUCGGGGUCCGGCCCGCCGCGUCGGGGCCUUGGUUGGGAGGCAUUACCAAAAAGUGUACAUUGCUCUUGCUAGCAGAAACUGGCUCAAUUUAGUGUUUACUGUACAGCUACAAAUGUGUAUGUUAUGUAUUAUAUAAAUUAUUUUGUUAAUAAAUCUUGAGAAGUAUACUCACUGCUUCUGCUUCAGUUCCUGCAGCCACGGCCGGGGUUGGGGCUGGCGUGCACACACCACAAGAGGUUGCAGGACUGUUUGAAC